UGCUACCAAGUUUUCGACAGUCACCAGUUACAAAUAUCUAUUUCCAUUCUUAUUAGUUAGCUAGCUAGUCCUUUAAGAAGAAUAUGGCUGCAGCCAAAUCUGGUACUGGCAGUGGACAGAAAGACGAACCUAUUAUUCCUGUGGCGUCAACCGUCAAACCGAAAGACGAUAAGGUGAUUGAGAUUGCACAAUUUGCAGUUGUAACGUACAAUAAGCAGGCCGGGACCGAUCUGGUUUUCAUCAAUGUGGAAUUCGGCUUCUGGUGGAGCAUUUCUGGUGCCACUUACUACAUGCUUGCCAUUAAAGCUCAGGAUGAUAAGGGCACAUAUUGCGACGUAGCGUUGGUUGCUGAUAUACUGGAGAGCAGUGGUCAUCACACUUAUAAGCUCAUCUGGUACAAUCAUAAGAAAAAUGUUUGGGGUUUGCAGAAAGACCAACCUAUUAUUCCUCCGGCGACAACCGUCAAUCCGGAAGACCCUCAUGUGAUUGAGAUUGCACAAUUUGCAGUUGUAACGUACAAUAAGCAGGCCGGGACCGAUCUGGUUUUCAUCAAAGUGGAAUUCGGCUUCCGGUGGGGCAAUCUUGGUGCCACUGACUACAUGCUUGCCAUUAAAACUCAGGAUGAUAAGGGCACAUAUUGCGACGUAGCGUUGGUUGCUGAUAUAGUGGUGAGCGGUGGUCACACUUAUGACCUCAUCUGGUACAAUCAUAACAAUAAUUAAUCAAGCACUACUCUUGAUCAGCUGAGGAGUGAGGAUCGACGAUUUUAAGUACUUUAAUUAUCUAGUGUUUAUGGUGUGGUUUUCAGUUUAUGCAUGGAUGAUGUACUGCUGGCAUGCAAACAUCCUCCCACUGUUGUACUAGUGUGUAAUGUAAGGUGCACUUCUACCAACAAAAAUGCACCGUUAAAUAAAAAAAUCCGUCUGUAUUUGAGUACGUGUCCUUGUACUAAUAUGUCAAAGGUGCACUUGUACGAACAAAAAUGCACCAUUAAAUAAAUAGAAACAGCUGUACGAGUUUGAGUUUGUAUC